AUGCCACCCUCAAUAUCAAAAACGUGCUGGAGGCUCCCAGCAGCGAUCUGGUUCACUCUAUGUCUCUUGUCGACGGUAGCUACAGCCCUCCAGGUUGCCCCGGGAUCACCAUGCGCACCGGUCUGCCAGGACCGUAACGAUGGCGACACGAAUAACGCCAACGGAUCGACAAUAAGCGCCAAGGACAUCGUUUGCGAGGAUCCGGAUUACGAUUCAAGGACCAUCAGGGGCAUGAAGUUCAAGGAAUGCACGCAAUGUCUGCAGUCGAGCAGGUAUACAAGCGGAGAAGAAACCGAUCUUAUGUGGUAUCUCUACAACCUGCGUUACGCUGCAAAUGUGUGUCUCUACAACUACCCGGAAGCGGUUCAGAACAAGUCUUUUGCUUGUGAUAUCCCGAGCUCAUGCGGUGGCCUCAAGACCGCCCUCAGGGAGGGUGACUUGAAAGCGGAAAGCACCACACAAUUGGCAUACUGCUCCGCCGACAAUGAGAAAAUGAAAGCAUGGGCGAUCAAAUCUUGCACCAGCUGUUUAUGGAACGCUCCUGAAAGCAAAUACCUCUCUAAUUUCAUGGUUGCCCUAGACGCCGCCUGCGUUCAGAGACCCAAAGCAGGCGAUCUUGUUGGUCUGACGGGUAGCUUGUUCACACCAUACGCAGUAAAUAUUACCGACCCGCCGAAGCUGGAGACCGGACCUCCUCCGCCGGCCCAGACAACUAUGGACACAGGCACCAUUAUUGGUAUUGCAAUCGGCGCAGCUCUUGUGCUGCUCCUUGGUGUCGGUCUAUUCGUGGUCUACUGGCGUAAGCAGAAGCGCGCAAAGGCUGAAGAAGAGCGGAGGUCCAACUCAGAUUCACCAAACGGUGGCAGCUCCAUCACUGCACUGAACAUUGGCGGCGGCGGCGGUCCCGGGUCAGGGGGUGGUCGUCACGGCUACACCACUGACUACAAGAGAGAAAUUGGCCUAACCUCUUUCGAGUCGUACGAUGCGCCUCGAAGCGGUGGCCUCAACAGCAACAGGAGCGGAAAUUAUACCAACUCAGGCGAAUAUUACGACCAGCUCGAGAAAUACCAGCAAAGAGCAGCGGCCCAGCAGUACGGCAUGCUUAACCACACCGGUCCGGCGGACUCGCUACCGGCACACCCGGCGUACAUUCCACGUGCUGCCAUGGCUCAACAGCAACAGCAGCGGAACAGCACCGACUCUAGGGGAUCCCGUAAUACCGCAACAUCAUCUUUAAACCUACAGCAACAAGCCAUAUCAAACCAGACACUUGCCGCCCAGAACUCACAACAGCAACGACCUACAUCAACCCAAACACUCUCCGCUCAACACCUACAACAACAACAGACUACCCGUCGCACUUCACCCCGAAGUUCUCCGCGGCUCAUCCCCGAACCUAUAACCCUCUCAGCCGUGCCUGCGUCAAAGCAACGUUACGCCAAGACUACGAGGGAACAAGCGCCGCCGCCUUCGCUAUCGACAUCCUCAAAAUCGGUGGUCGAUUCAUAUACCAUGCAGAAGUACCUGGCCGCUGAAGACGACAGGCCGGGCCACACCAUGCCGCCCCCACCUGCGCAGAAGCCACCCAAAGCAGCGAAGCCAUUUGACCCCGCGAAUCCUCCGCCGCCACCUCCUCAGCCGGCGGUCAAGAUCCCGUCGCUCGGCCUGCCAUCGGUACCGCGGGUCCGCGUGCCCAAGCAGUACGCGCCACCACGAAUAUCUGUCGAGGAGGCGACGCCGACAGAUGCCGCCGGCGGUGGGGGCGACUUUGCACGGGCAAGCACACCAGGCAGCCGCUCGUCUUCGGUAUCCCGCGAGGGACGGCCGCCGACCAGAGGAAAGGAUGAGCCCAACAUGAUCGGAGGCGCGUCAAACAACGAUCGGAUAAUAAGACAGACGGUAAACGUCACGAGGCUAAGGCAGGAAGAAGUUCCUAUUGCGAGUGGGAAGACUGUCCUGUACAGUUGA